UGUGUGUGUGUGUGUGAAGGGGGGGCGCUCAGCUGGUCCCUCAGAGGAAUUUGGACAGCGCGCAAAGACAUCCGAGGCAGAAACUUCUCGUUUUCUCAUGAGAUAAGGGAACUGAACCCAACCUGAACUGAACCCGAGCUCAGCCCAUCUCGUCAGUCAGGGUAUGGCUAUAGCGGCUCGGUCCAGGACGGGGUUCUACCGGCAGGAGGUAAACAGAACCGUGUGGGAGGUGCCGGAGAGGUACCGGGACCUGAAGCAGGUCGGAACGGGCGCUUAUGGAACCGUGUGCUCGGCAUGGGACCGUCGUUCUGGAACUCAGGUGGCCAUCAAAAAGCUUCAUCGGCCUUUCCAGUCCAAACUCUUUGCUAAAAGGGCCUACAGGGAGCUGCGACUGCUCAAACACAUGAAACAUGAAAAUGUGAUUGGGCUGUUGGACGUUUUCACUGCUGAGAUCUUGUUGGACCAGCUUAGAGAUUUUUACCUGGUAAUGCCAUUCAUGGGCACUGACCUAGGCAAGCUGAUGAAGAUGGAAAGGUUGUCAGAGGACAGAGUACAGUUUCUUGUUUACCAGAUGUUGAAAGGGCUCAAGUACAUCCACUCUGCAGGGAUCAUCCACAGGGAUCUCAAACCUGGAAAUUUAGCGAUCAACCCAGACUGUGAGUUAAAGAUUCUUGAUUUUGGCCUGGCGAGGCAAGCUGUCUCUGAAAUGACGGGCUAUGUGGUGACGCGCUGGUACAGAGCCCCAGAAGUUAUCCUCAACUGGAUGCAUUAUACCCAGACUGUGGAUAUCUGGUCAGCAGGCUGCAUCAUGGCAGAGAUGCUUUUGGGAAAACCGCUGUUUAAAGGAAACGAUCAUCUGGAUCAGCUCAGAGAAAUCAUGAAGAUUACAGGAACCCCGACUCCUGACUUUGUUGUGAAGCUACAGAGCCAAGAUGCCAGAAACUACAUCAGAAGCUUGUCAAAAGUUCCCAAAAAAGAUCUGCACUUUGUUUUCUCCAAAGCCAGUUCAAACGCGGUGUGUGUUCUGGAAAAGAUGCUGCUUCUGGACCCUGAGUGCAGGGUGAGUGCGUCCGAGGCGCUGGAGCUCCCCUUCUUCAGCGAGUUCAGAGAUGUAGAGGAGGAGACGGAGGCUCUGCCGUACGAUCAGACCCUGGACAACGCAGACCUGCCUCUGGAUCAGUGGAAACGUCACACUUUCACAGAGAUUUUGACCUUCAGGCCACCCAGAGAUUCGAGGGAAACAUCACUUUAAAAAUGACACAUUUAUUUUACUUUGGAGCUUUCCUCGUCAGAAGAGAUAAAUAUUAUAUGCUUGGCAGUGGCUUUAGUGUCGAUACAUUUGAUUUUUGUACAUCGGCGAUAAAAUCAAUUAGACCUUUUUUUAACAAGAAUGUUUAUAAUUUGUUUAUUUCAUGGUAGAUGAAAUAAUUGUAAUAAUACUGUGUUAGUGAAAGAAAACCCUCUUGAAUGAAUGAAUUUUGCAUUUUGGGGAAUUUGUAGUGAGAAAAGUGUUUUUGUGAGGAAGGAUAGAGAUCUACAGAGCUCAGGUCAGAGUCCAGAAAGCAGAAAUCCAAACGUAGGGCAGAAUUCACUGAAAUAGAUGUGAAAUAAAUGUAUGUGUGAAAAGAAAAUAUGGGUACUUUGUGAACGACCACUGUUGGUUUAACAGGAACUGAAUGAAAACUAAAAAUACUUUUGGAUUUCAUAAUAAAGGUUACUUUUCUAACCA